UGUUUUAUAAAGCAAAAAUUGUGAUAAUAUAUGCCAAGAAUACAAAAUUAUUUCUGCAUUUGUAUAAUUAAAAGAAUUAUGAUAUUAGUUUAUGGUCUGAUUGUAUAAUAUAUAAAUGAUAUUAAUAUCUAUAUAAUAUUAAGAAAUUUUAUGCUUAAAUUUUUAAUAAAUUUUAAGUUCUAUUAUAAUAGGCAUGUUGGAUUAUUUUUGCUAAAUAUAUGUGCAUUAUAUGUGCAUUAGAGUUUUAUAAAUGUAAUAUCGAUAGGUAAUAUAAGAAACAAAAUGGUUCUUUCAAUUUUGAAAAAUAGAACGAUUUUGAAGAUUUUAUUUAAAUUUUGAAUUAUUGCAUUUUGUUGUGGAAAUGAAAUCUCUUAUCCCUUUCCUUGCAUAAUGAUGAAAUGUCUGUGAUAUUUUAUGAUGUCCCAAUAUUUGCAUCUUUAUUUGAUUAUAUCGUUAUGUAUUUAAGAUUAUGGAAAACAAAAUGAAAUAAAUAAAUUAAUUGAAGAAUAUUUAUUGUAGAAUGAUCAAUGAAGUCAAAACAGAAAAUGUUGAUAUUCGAUUAAUCGAUAAUCUCGUACAUUUGUAUCUUAAAUCUCAGGUAAUAGUAGUUCUGUCAGUGUUGCCAAAUGUAAAAUGGUUAUAUUACAGUAAACGUUAUAAAUUUUCUGUUGUACAUAUAAUAAAUAUUUUCAUGUGGAAAUAUUAUUACUUGAGUAUUAUAUUUAAUUAAAGUUUUAUCUUUUUUUACAAACUUUAGUUAGAUAUUCAUAGUUUAACGAACUGUUGAUUGCUUAUGUUUAAUACCUAUUCAAAUCUUAUCUAUAACGGCAUGUGUCUAAUAAAUAUUUCUAACAUCAACUAAAGUGAUAAAUAUAAAACAUCAUAAAAUGGAGCUACCAUUUGAACUUCCACCUAUCUGGCCUGAUAUAAAAACUGAAUUAAAGGAGUAUAUUGAAUGCCCUGAACGGCUUCCCAUACAUCAACUUGAUCAUGCUCAAUGUUAUUGGCCCAGAGAACCUGAUAUUUGUUCUUUAUUAGAAUUUGAUUUAGCACCACUUAGCACAACUUUAAAAUUUGAUCGUGAUCCAGUAACAGGUCGUGUUGGACAAAUGCAAGAAGUUAUUUUAAAAGGAGUCGGAGAAAAUGCAAGAAAUUCAAUGUCUAUGAAACGUAUACCUGGAUCUGUUACAGAUGAUGUUAGAGGCAAUACUACUAACAUACCAUUUUUGCCUGGUGGAUUUGAUGAACCUAUUGUAACAGAUGAGAUGACAGAAAAUAUUGAUUUUGAGAGGAAUUUAAGGACACUAGCAAAAGGAUUUAGUUCUGGGAUAGAAUUUGAAGCUGAUAAUUGUACGCCAAAGCAGGAAUCAAUAAAUAAACCAACUAAAGUAUCAAAAGCAAAAGUACAAAUUGAAGAUGAUAUAACAAGUAAAAUAAAUUUAAUGGCUCUUGUAGAACAAGAAGAGCGUGAGCUUAAUCUCUGGUCAUCUGUGCAAGAACUAAAAGAUGAUGAUGUACAGGAGUCUCCACAAAUACCUGCAUUAGAAGAUAUUCCAUUGUUACCAAUAGAACCAGAAAUACCAGUUUUAAACAUUUCUGAAGAACCAUCUAAAAUUAUUGAAAUGGAAUGGGCAGAACAAAUAGAUGUUUCUGUGCCAAUAACAGAUUUUGAGAAGAAAAUUCCUGAUCCAGCAAUGACAUUUGAAUAUGAAUUGGAUACUUUCCAAAAACAGGCUAUACUUAAGUUAGAAGAGAAUUGUAAUGUUUUUGUUGCAGCGCAUACUUCUGCAGGAAAAACUACUGUAGCUGAGUAUGCUAUUGCUUUAACUCAGAAACAUAUGACAAGGGUAAUUUAUACUUCUCCUAUCAAAGCACUAUCAAAUCAAAAAUAUCGUGAUUUUAAAAAGAAAUUUGAAAGUGUUGGUUUAAUAACAGGGGAUAUUCAAAUCAAUGAGAGUGCAUCUUGUCUUAUUAUGACUACUGAAAUAUUACAAUCAAUGAUAUAUGGUGCAUCAGAAGUUCUUAGGGAUUUAGAAUUUGUAAUAUUUGAUGAAGUACAUUAUAUUAAUAAUGAGGAUCGGGGUCAUGUAUGGGAAGAAAUAGUGAUUCUUUUACCACAAACUGUCAAUAUAGUUAUGCUGUCAGCAACUGUGCCAAAACCAAUAAUAUUUGCAAAUUGGGUUGGUCGUAUCAAAAAACGGAAAAUGUACGUAAUUAGCACUUUAAAGAGACCUAUACCAUUGCAACAUUAUUUGUAUACUCCUACUAAUGACAAGGAACGUGGCACAUUAGUUUUAGUUCUUGAUUCAAAUGAAGAAUUUUCAUUGAAUGGAUGGCAUCAAGCAACAAAAAAUGUUCAAUCUGUUAAAAGCCUACAAAGCAAUAACACUAACACAAAAGAUAUUAGGAAAAAGAGAUUUUCUGCAAAAGAGCAAAUGAUGUUAUGGAAGAAUUUUGUGAAUUAUUUAAAACAUAAUGAUAAAUUGCCUGUUGUUGUAUUUACGUUAUCCAGGAAACGUUGUGAUAUCAACGCAAACAGAUUAAUGAAUAUUCAAUUAACUACAUUAGCUGAAAAAAUGGAAGUAAAACGCUUUUACCAGCAUAUUAUGAAAUAUUUGAAAGGUAGUGACAAGCAAUUACCACAAGUUUGUAUGAUGCAAAAUCUUUUAGAAAACGGUAUUGGUGUACAUCAUAGUGGGAUAUUGCCUAUUUUAAAGGAAACUGUAGAGAUGCUUUUCCAAAACGGUGUUGUUAAGUUAUUAUUUGCAACUGAAACAUUUGCUAUGGGAGUCAAUAUGCCAGCACGAACAGUGGUAUUUGAUUCAAUAACUAAAUAUGAUGGUAAUGGAUUUCGUACCUUGUAUCCUACCGAAUACAUCCAAAUGGCUGGACGUGCUGGUCGAAGAGGUCAUGAUAUAACUGGUACAGUUAUAGUAAUAUGUAAUACAGAAGUUCCACACUUUAAUGAAUUAAUGCCGAUGAUGCAAGGUGAAGCAAAAACAUUGGAAUCACAAUUUAAAGUAACAUAUUCUAUGGUUUUAAAUUUGAGAAGAACAAAUGAACUAGUUACUGUAGAAUCCAUGAUGCGCAGAUCGUUUAAAGAGUCAUAUCUAAUAUUAAAAGAAGAUAAAUACCAAAUUGAUUUACGUAAAGUUGAAGAAAAAUUAGCAGCAUUACCACCAUUGACGAAUAUACAAAAGAAAUUAUCUGGUUUUUAUGAAAUUGCAAUUAAUUAUUUACAAGAACUUCGUUAUUUGAAACCUUAUAUGCUUGAAUCUAAAAAAGCAAUAAAUAGUUUAACUAAGGGUAGAAUUUUAAUCAUAUCAUAUGAAAAUCAUUAUAGAAACUUAGCUCUACUAUUGGAUGUACUUUCACGUAAACAAAAUGGAAAUCAAUAUAAAGUAUUGAUAUUAAAAGAUACAAAUGCACAAAAUGUUAAUAAUGAUAGAUUAUUAGAAAAUUCUAAUAACGUAAAAGAAAAAUCUGAAAAUUGGUAUAGCAUUAUCAGUCUAACCAAAAAAGAUAUAUUUGUACCAAGUGGGGUUCCAUCACAUGAAGUUAUAACGAUUUCUGCAUGGAAUAUACUAGAAAUAACAAAUUGUCAAAUUAAAGUUGAUUGUGGUAUGGUAUUGAAAGAUUGGGAAAAAAGACAAAUAUCAAGAUUUAGGCAUGAUCUACCUGGUCCAACUUGUCAAACAGCCAUUCAAGAAUUAAUGGCAAUAUCUUUAAAUGCUGCUAAUGAUGAUAGUAUAUUAUUACCUUACGUUACAAUGAAAGUAACUGAAAACCUAAAUCCCAGAAUGAAACAUUUAUGCAAACAGAAACAAGCUCUUAGCAGCAUGAAAUGUAUUGAUAUUCUUAACUUUGAAGAACAAUUUGAAACUGUAUUUUAUCGAAAUGAAUUGGAAACAGAACGGAAAAAACUUCAACUUAGUCUUAGUGAUGAAGGAUUAUCUUUAUAUCCAGAUUAUAUAAAUAUGGUUUCACUUCUUAAACAUCUAGGAUAUAUAGAUAGUGAUGAAAGAAUUGCUUUAAAAGGCAGAGUUGCAUUGCAAAUAGGAAUUAACGAGUUACUCAUAACAGAGCUAAUUCUAAAAAAUGUUUUAACUGUUUUGCAACCAGCUGAAAUUGCUGCACUAUUAUCUGCUUUGAUAUUUCAUCAAAAAUCAAAUUCUGAAUCGACAUUUCCAGUUGAUUUUCAUCACUUGAGAAAGGAACAUCAAAUUAUGCAAAAUGUACAUGCCGAGUUACAAAACUUAGAACAAAUUUAUAAUUUGAAUACACUACAACCAUUGAAUUUUGGUUUGGUUGAAGUUGUUUAUGAAUGGGCACAAUCAAAAUCAUUUGCUGAAAUAAUGCAGAAAAUUGAUGUGCAAGAAGGUAUUAUAGUUAGAUGCAUUCAACAACUUAAUGAGACCUUGCAAGAUGUGAGAAAUGCAGCUGUGACAAUUGGUGAUCCAGUUUUAAAAGAAAAAAUGGAAGAAGCAUCCACAGCAAUAAAACGUGACAUAGUUUUUGCUGCGUCCUUAUACACUCAAGAUUAAUUAUGGAGUAAAUUGUAAUUAUAAACUUACUAUUUUCUUGUUGGAAACAAAUGAUCAGAUGUUUGUAUGUGACAUUAAAUAUAAAGAUAAUAAUUUAUUAUUGUAAAAUUUCAAAAAUAAUGAAUUUGGAAAUAAAUUUGAUAU